CGCUGAAAGGAGCUGGAGGGAGCAGGGGAAGGAGGUGACACCCGAGAGCCCUGGGUCACCCAACCCUGUCCAGCCCCUGCCGCCGCCGCUUUGUUCCAUAUUUAGUUCCUGACAACUGUGCCUGGGGCAGGAACUCCCAGCUCUGUUUUCCCUCCUCCCUCGGCUCCCAGAGCUCUCAGAAAUUGUUCUUUCUCUCUCCCAGUGGCCACGGCUCGGUCCCACUGUCCUGGGGAAGAUGGCAGAGAAGCAGGAGGAGCCCAGCAAUGCCCAGAACGGGGAACCUGACAAUGCCGAGGAGGGCGAGGGGAUGAAGAAGAAGGUGAAGAGGGAGGACCUGCCACCCUUUGAGAUUGUGACAGGGGAACGCCUCCCGGCCAUCUUCUUCAAAUUCCAGUUCAGGAACGUGGAAUACAGCUCGGGCAGGAACAAAACCUUCCUGUGCUACGUGGUGGAGACGCAGGGCAAGGAGCCGGUGACGAGCCGCGGGUACCUGGAGGACGAGCACGCGGCCGCCCACGCCGAGAUGGCUUUUUUCAACACCAUCCUGCCCACGUGCCAGGCGGGCACCCGCCACGACGUCACCUGGUACGUGUCCUCCAGCCCCUGCGUCACCUGCGCCCAGAGGAUCUGCGAGGCCCUGCGCAAGAACAAGGGGCUGCGCCUCACCAUCAUGGUGGGCAGGCUCUUCAUGUGGGAAGAGCCCGAGAUGCAGGCCGCCCUCAGGAGCAUGAAGGAGGCGGGCUGCAAGCUGAGGAUUAUGAAGCCUCAAGACUUUGAGUAUGUCUGGAAGAACUUUGUGGAGCAGGAGGAAGGGGAGGAGGCCAAGUCUUUCGUGCCCUGGGAGGAUAUUCAGGAGAAUUUCCAGUACUACGAGGAGAAGCUGGCUGAGAUCUUGCACUGAGGCUCAGGAUCAGAAAGGAUCCAUGAAGAGAUGUGACAGACCUGGACACCUGAAACAGUCCUGCUUCCCAAAGCUUUGAUUCCAGCAGGAUGGAGAACCAGCCUGUGGGAGACAAGGCCCUGUGGGACUCUGAACACACACACACACAACACAGACCUCUGGUGUUCGGGAUUUUUUGGGUGUUUUUUGUUCCUCCCCCUCCCUGCCCCAAACAAACCCAAGCUGUGGUGAAAGGGAUGGCAGUGAUCCACAGGCAGGCUGUGGGAUCACAGUCUGGGAAUAUUUAAUGGGAAAAGAUCUUAGAACACAGCUGCUGGUUAGAUAAAUGAAUUAGAAAGGGGCAAAGAAAGGGG